AUGGACCAGCUCCAGAAAAAGCACAUCGACACCAAGCGUGGCUUCAGCUACACUUAUUAUAUUUCUCCAGCUGAGAAGGCAGACAGCUCCAAGCCUGUUCUUCUCCUCUGCCAUGGCUGGCCAGAUAAUGCUCACAUGUGGCAAUGGGUCGUUCCCCAUCUCCUCAAGACCAAGAACAGGAUAAUCGUUCCCGAUCUGCUGGGCUAUGGUGGAACUUCCAAACCCACUGAUCCCAAAGACUAUGAGAUCAAGGGCAUGACGGACGAUAUUUUAGAGAUUUUCGAAACUGAGAAGAUUGACUCUCAGAUCAUUCCCGUGGGUCACGAUUGGGGCUCCUACUUCGCCCAACGCGUCUACCUCCUCAACAAGUCCCGCACCGCAGGCCUCAUAACCCUCAACGUCGCCCUCAUGCCCCCACGCAGCGAUGCCUUCGACCUCGAUACCUUCAACGCCUACACGGAGAAAACAAUCGGCUACCCGGCCUACGCCUACUGGGAACUCUUCUCCGACCCCGAAGGCCCCCGCACGGUGAUGGACCCCAACCUCGAAUCGCUCUACUACGCCAUCCACGGCGACUCCGACGACUGGAUGAAAGCCAUGUUCUGCACGCGGGGCGCAAUCCGAGCCUUCGUCUCCCAGGGCCGGAAAGACGUGCCCCUCAAAAAGUACGCCCAGGACGAAUCCUUCAAAACCGCCUUCAUCGCCGAGAAGAAGGACGGCGGCAUGACGGCCCCGGGGUGCUGGUAUCGCGCCAUGCGGGAGAAUUACCAGCUCCCGACGGAGAAGAAGUUGGCCGAGCAGGGCGUCAAGGUCGAUCAGCCGUAUUUGUUUAUUGGGUGUACGGGCGAUGCGGUGUGUCGGACGGAUGCGAUUGAGAUCCCUAAGCAGGCGGGGAUCGUCAGCGAUGUUGAGGUGAGGGAGUUGGAGAGUGGGCAUUGGUGUCCGUUUGAGAAGCCGGAGGAGGUGGGAGGGAUUGUGGUGGAGUGGUUGGGGAAGAAGGGGUUUGCUUGA